UUUCGUUCAAACACCAACGAAACCGCUUUGGCCGCGACGACAGCAUAACGAACAACUGCCAAAAACCCGCCCGAAUUUUUACUGUCGGAUGCUUUUCCGUGAAAAUUGUGCCUGAAAAUUGGGUGAACUUUCGUGAAAUUCUAGCUGGUUCAUUGGUAUUGUGAUUCAAUCGGGAUGGAGGAUUUCCAGAAGAUAGAAAAGAUCGGCGAAGGGACGUACGGUGUGGUGUACAAGGGCCGCAACAAAGUGACCGGCCAGAUCGUGGCCAUGAAGAAAAUUCGCUUGGAAUCGGAGGACGAGGGAAUUCCUUCGACGGCCAUCCGGGAAAUAUCGCUGCUGAAGGAAUUGAAGCAUCCGAAUAUCGUUUCAUUGGAAGAUGUCCUCAUGGAGGAGAACCGACUGUAUCUGAUUUUCGAGUUCUUGUCGAUGGAUCUGAAAAAGUACAUGGACACGUUGCCGCCGGAGAAGAUGAUGGAUUCGGAUCUGGUCAAGAGUUACAUGUACCAAAUUACGGCCGCACUGUUGUUCUGCCACAAGCGGCGGGUAUUGCACCGAGAUUUGAAACCACAGAAUCUACUCAUCAACAAGGAAGGAUUGAUCAAGGUGGCCGAUUUCGGUUUGGGUCGUUCGUUCAACAUUCCGGUCCGGAACUACACGCAUGAGAUUGUCACCCUUUGGUACCGCGCUCCGGAAGUCCUGCUGGGGUCUCCAAGGUACGCCUGCCCAGUAGACAUUUGGUCCAUUGGUUGUAUUUUCGCAGAAAUGACCACCCGGAAGCCACUAUUCCAAGGCGAUUCGGAAAUUGAUCAGCUAUUCCGGAUGUUCCGUAUCUUGAAGACCCCAACCGAGGAGAUUUGGCCGGGGGUUACCUCACUGCCUGACUACAAGCCAACCUUCCCCUGUUGGACCCAGAACAAUCUCACCAGCCAAGUGAAGAAUCUCGAUUCGGCGGGUCUUGACCUGCUGCAGAAAUGUCUGAUCUACGAUCCGGUGCAUCGGAUUUCCGCCAAGAAGAUCCUUGAACACAAGUAUUUCGACGGAUUCGAGCGGAGAGCGGCCCCUAUCGAGUGAGCAAAAAUUGGACUUAUACUAACUUAUUUAUCGUAGAAACUUUUCAUUUACGCGAUUGUAUGAUUUCGCGAUUGCCCGUUUCCAUAGAAGCUAAGGAGGAUGUGUAAAUAUUCCACUCCCGGCAGAUGAAGAGCUAUCGCCUUUUAUAAAUCUUAUAUUUUUACAACCGGUUAGUGGGAGGGAGCCCUUUUCGAUGUAAAUACGGAACGCAACACUCUUGAUCGCCACAAGCUCUUACGUCUGGACACAACGACCAACUUUCCGAAUUUCUGAUAAGUAGUAGAUAAGAUUUUUGAUGGCAUUUUUUUCCGUGAAAUAAACAUUAGUACUAA